AGACUUUUGUUACCUUGCUCACGAGAUUUUAACACAAGAAUAAAUAUAUCAUGUGAAGUGAUGAAUGUAUUGCUCGUUUAUCGGUGAAGUUCUGCUAGGUACCUAUAUAUUGACAAGUAAGUGAUUGUUACGCAAAUUAUAUAUGAUCUAUUCUAAAACAAAUUAGAGUUGUACGAAUGCAAAGUAUGCUACACUUUCAAUGAGAUCGUGAAUGAGUACAUACAUGCCCAAAAGUGAAAGUGCAUACGCGUAAUUUUGAUCCAAUACUUAACCAUCAUUUAAAAUAUAAUUUGUCCAGGAGCUUCAUCUGGAAACCUGAUAAAAUCGACUUCAAUGGAAGGGCAUCAUCAUAUGAACAUGGAUCAUUUAGAACAUCAUAACAAUAAAAUCAGCCCAAAUGAAGCUCUUUUAUCACACUCAAACCAUCAUAUGAAUGAUACACUUUUAAUUGAAGAAUUUAAUAAUAUUUUAAAUGGAACUGACAAUUUGGAUAGUAGCUUAAAAGGAUAUGAUGAUCAUGGUCAUGGAGAUCAUAUUUUGAGUCAUGGAGCCCAUAGCUCACAUGAAAUGCAUAUGUCGAUGACUUUCCAUGGUGGUUACAUGGAGACAAUUUUAUUUUCUUGGUGGAAAGUGACAGACAUGGGAGAAUUCAUGGGAUCAUUUUUAGCAAUAUUCAUAAUGGCAUUAUUCUAUGAGGGACUGAAGUACUACAGGAAACACUUGUUAUGGAAAACUUAUACAGGAUUACAAUAUUGUGCAGUUGCACCUCCAGAUAAAGGUGUGGCGAAUAUUUGUGCAGCAGAUGAACCGCAAGUCAUACAGUCCAUGCCUCAUGUACUGGAAAGGAAUAUGUAAGUGGUACAAAUCACAAUUUCGUCAUCAUCAUCAUUACAGCCCUUCAAAAGUCUACUGCUGAACAUUGGCCUCCCCCAAGGGAUGUCGCGAGGCACGGUCCUAAGUUACCUGCAUCCAUUGACUUACUGCAUGUUUUACCAGGUCGUCACUCCAUCUAGUGGGGGCCGACCUUUUUUUUCUACAUGGGGAAAUGCCUACCCGUACGCAUACAUACGUAUGGGUAGGCAUUUCCCCAUGUAAAAAAACGUACGCAUACCCGCCUCGCGGGGGCAAAAACGGAUUAUGUCGGACUCGCACCGACUAAAACCCCAUGGUGUACCACCUUCAUCGCAUAUUGGGCAAGGAAACGGGAACGCUUUCGCACACAUACGCGGCCCCACCUGCGCUGGCUGCCCCAUGGCGGCCUCUCCUCGGGAGAGGACUACUCCUCCCCCAUCCAGGAGGGCGCACCAGUACACCUGGCGCGCCCUCCUCUUCGGCCUCCAAUUUCACAUGCGCAACGGACGCCCCCGUGUCCGAUGCGCGAAGGCCAUGGGGCCAGGAAAAACUAGCACUUAGAAGCACUAGCCUUCCUGACCCCAGCGGCGGAUCUGGUCUAUGGCUCCGCCACCAACCAAGAUUCGGCUGCGGAGGGUAGGGAGAGCGGCGCCUCGCAAUACCGACACUUCUCUCCCCCCGCAGCCCCACCACCACCGCAUCAAUUAAUGGUGCGGUUCCGUCAGAGUCGCGGAGGAUAGAGCGAGUGGCGCAUUGCCAUACCAACACUCUUCUUCUUUCGCGACUCUACCUCGGCUGCAGCGGUAGGGGGAGAGGACACCACUCUCGCAGCAGCCCACCGACACACAUCCGAAAUGGGCCACCUCGGGCCGGGCCUACACCCCGGGCCAGCCAAGGGUUUCUCUUUGUUCACCGCGGGUGACCAAGCCACGGCUACUAAGCCCCCCCGCCACGACAAGGCGGGAACCCGUUCGGGGGGGGGGGGGGGGGGGAGUGGAAGCCGACCUACACUUCGCCUGCCGGUACGAGGCUGCCACUCGCGAACCUUUUUUCCCCAUCGGUUGACGGUUCUACGAGCUAUAUGGCCGGCCCAUUGCCACUUCAGCUUAUUAAUCUCUUGUAUUAUGUAGAUUACUCUGGUUCUACUGCGUAUAUGCUCAUUUCUAAAUUUAUCACUCAAAGAAACGCCGAACAUAACCCUCUCCAUAGCUCGCUGAGCGAACUUGAACUUCCUCCUAGGGCCAGCAGUGAAGGACGAUGUCUCCAGAUCUAUAAGUCCAACACAUUGGGGCACUAAACUCGAAGUUGUUGAUAAGUAUGUUUACCUGAGACAAAUAGCUCGACUGUGUAAGUACAACAUCGAACAAGAGCUUCAUCAAUGGAUUCAAGUCAACCAGAUAGCUUACGACACAUCUUCUCGUCAGGUUUACCUCAAAACUUCUAAAACGAGAUUGUACAUUUGGAUCAUUUUAUGCAUAAUUGCAUGCUGCCAGUAAUGACUUAUGGAUACGAGACAUGAUCCUUCACUGGUAUACACCAAAACUUGAUUAUUGAACUCUAAGCUGCUGACAUACCUUGAAACAAAUGACCUCCUAAGUGACCAUCAAUAUGGCUUCCGCCGGGGACGGUCUACUGGGGAUCUUCUUAAGUAUGUUGUGAAGUUCUAGCAGUUUCACUCGAUAUCUUUCGAGAUAGGGAUCUUUUGACAGGGUUUUGAAUGUAAGUCUACUGAGUAAGCUUCCUGCUUACGGCAUCCCCGCUGAAUUUUGCAACUGGAUAUAUGACUUUCUGAGUGAGCGGUCGAUCAGGUUAGUCAUAGAUGGCUGCUCUUCUGACCUAAUGCAUAUUAAUGCCAGAGUCCCUCAGGGGUCUGUUCUCUCUGAGACUCUUCCUGUUACACAUCAAUGACCUACUGUGCAGUCACAGGAUUCAUUUCCGGUGAAAAAGAUGGAGGAGCAGUAAUACGUUCACUCGGGGAGGCCAUGGUGGAGCGGAUAAAUGCGACCUUAAGUCUUGUCUCCCAAUGGUGUGAUGACAAUCUGGUCACUUUUAACGCCGCCAAAACGCAGGCCUGUCUGUUCUCCGCAAAAUCGGAGUCCGUUUGAUCUCACUUCGAAAGCACAAACUUCGGCCAAAAAACUGGGUAUUUUAAACAGGGUGAAGUAUCACGCCUGGUCUGCUUCUAACUUUAUACAAAGCUCAAGUCCAAACAUGCAUAGAGUAUUGUAACCUAUGGGAUGGCUCAGCACAUUAUUAACUUGGAAACUAAGCUUCACAGCUUAGCUCAUUGCCGCCAAGUUGCUUGUUUGUCGGUCUUCUAUAGAUUGUACUUCGGAGAGUGUGCCCAUGAGCUUCAUAAGCUCAUACCGCCAUCUCCAUUCCCCUAUUGGAGUACCAGAUGUGCUGCAGGUUACCAUCCACACUUGGUUGAUAUUCUGAAUAUUUGCACCAAGCGCUAUAGUCAUCUUUCAUAAUGCGCACAGCCAAGGAGUGGAAUGCCCUGCUGGUGUCUGUUUUUCCGUGCAUAUAACCUUAACCUCUUCAAGGUGUAUGGUUCAAGCUUUUCCUGGGUAAACUCUCUCCAACGUAGACCUCAUCUUUACCCUCGAGUAGUGAUAAGCCAUUUUUACAUGGUAAAGCCAUGCCACAGCUGUAUAAGUAGUAUAGUUGUAGCAUAAAUGGGUCAGCUCGACUAGGGAAUGAUCACACUCACAGAAUACCAGCGUGAAAUAGCAGCUCAACACUGCUGUGUUUCAUAUGGUUAGUGCAGAGAACCGGAGACCCUUUUUACUGGAAACUAGGCAUUCAUCUUAGUCCUCAUGGGUGACAACGUAGCUGCAUUUUAAUUCAUAAUUAAGGAUAGAUGUAGAUGUAUAUGGGCCACAGUAACCAUUUAACAUCAGGUGGACCAUGUGCUAGAUUGUUACCAUUGUCCUAUAAAAAAUAAUAAUCACUGCUUUUAUUACAGACCUACAAUGAUGAGUGCAGCACAUGCAUGGCAGACUGUGUUACAUGGAAUACAAGUUCUUGUUAGCUACAUGCUUAUGUUGGUGUUUAUGACUUAUAACACAUGGUUGUGUGCAGCUGUUGUUUUGGGAUCUGCUACUGGUUACUUUCUCUUUGGUUGGCGUGAAUCUGUUGUGGUGGACUUCACUGAACACUGUCAUUGACAAAUGUUAAGAUCAAUAAGUCAGAUUAGUAUUAUUAAUGAUUAUAUAUCCUUACAAUUUAUGAAAUACAGAAUGGUUUAUAUCAUGUUGUUAUUAUUAUCAUGUUUUAAUAAGGCAACAUUUAUGGGUGAUACAGUUACAUUUUAUACCAGUUAUAUAUUUUGUAGACUAUUUAGGUUAUAAUUAGAUGAGUAUUAAAAAAAGCUAUGAAU